AUGGGGUCGGGCCUGAAACUGGUCCAGGGCUGGCUCCGACUUGGCGGGCUGCUCCUGUUGGAGGUGACGCUGGCGCUGGCGCUGGGGCGUGCGGGGCGGGGGGCGCGGGGCGCGGCCUGGGGAGUGCGGCGUGGGCCACGUGCGCGCCUCGCCCGUUGCCUGGCGACGGCGCGCGGGCGUCGGGGCGCGGGGGCCACGGCGCGCCGCCGCCGGCGCUCGCACGCCCGCUCGCGGCUCUCGCCUCACAGUACUGCCGACACCGGGCCGGCGUGUGCACCGCUUUUAGGCGCGUCUCGAUCUCGCAUCGAGAUCACUUCGCCACUUCGGCACCCCUCGCUGCUUACACGUUUCCAAGCUGUACGCCAUAAUGAUGCAGACCACGAUGGAGAUAGACCUGUCGCCGGGGACCUCCGGGCCGGACUCCCCGAUCUACGACGAGUAUGC